AUGAUGAAGAUGAACCGUGUGAUUUGUGUGUUGGCCGUUCUGCUGUGCUUCGUCUGCGGGUAUGCCAUGGCAGCUGCUGCUGAGGUUAGUGACAAUGCAGUGCAAGGUAAAGAAGAGACAGAACCAGGGCAUGGGACAGGUGAACUGCCAGAGUCGGGGGCCCCACCAGCCACAGAUAAAGGUGAGACAGGGGAGACUGGCCCAACAGGAGGCGAAGAAACAGAGGAAGAGGAAGGAGAAACGGGAGAGAAUGAUGGACAAGACCCAGAUGGUGGAAAAGGCCCAGAAGAUGGAAACGAACAACUACCGUCAGCACCAGGGGAUGGUGCGACUAAGCCUGACCAACCUGGAGGUGGCGCGGGGGAAGAGGAAGAUAAAGAAGAUAAUGAAACAGAUGGAGAAGGCACAGAAAACCCUGAUGAGGAUAACAAUGGGGAGAAACCCAACACACCUCCAGAGAAUGGCGAGUCUAAACCUCCUGCAGAUGAACAAAACCCCAGCGAGAAACCAGCAACACAAGAACCCACUUCCACUAAUGCACCAAGCAACGACAACCAGCAGAAGCCGGGCGAUGCUGACAGCAGUUUCAGCCCUGUGUGGAUGCGCACUGCCGCACCUCUGCUGAUUGUGGCUGCGUUGGUAUUGUAA